AUGGCAAGCGAGCAACAGUCCUACCUCGUCAGCACCUCACUCAUCGUUUGCGCCAUUCUUUCUUCCAUCCAGAUCAGCAGAUUCCAUAUCUGGAAAACUCCUUACUAUGUUGGAACCGGCUUGAUGUCCGUGGUUGGGACAUCCUUCGCUACGAUUCCUGUAGCAACUGGCGCUCUGUCUCAAAUGUACGAUAUCGGGAUGUGUCCAACUGCCGCAGAUGGAACGAAACUCCCAUGUCCUCGUGGCGACGGCGCCAUCCUCGGGACCCAGUGCGUCUGCGCACUACUGGAAAUCUUAAUGUCGUUUAUGCCGCUAGAAGUCUUGAAGAGGAUCUUCCCGCCACUUGUCCGCGGCUCUGGUGAUUGCUCCAGCAGACCUGAGACUGGACUUUCCCAGCUGUGUCCGACUAUCAGUGCGCCGCAUGCUUUACCCUGGGGAAGCGCGGAGUUUAUUGGACUCGGGUUCUUGGUCUUUCUGACCAUUAUUCUAUGCGAACGCUUUGGUUCUCCGAUUAUGAAGAGUUGUGCGGUCGUCCUCGGCCUCCUUGUAGGCUGUAUUGUCGCUGCUGCAUGUGGCUACUUUGAUCGUUCCGGAAUCGACUCUGCACCAGUCGCCAGCUUUAUCUGGGUACACACCUUCCCACUAAGCGUAUAUGGACCGAUUGUGCUUCCCCUACUUGCCGUCUACGUUGUCCUGGCUAUGGAAGCCAUCGGAGACAUUACAGCUACUUGUGACGUUUCAAAACUGCAAGUCGAUGGGCCCAUGUUGGACAGUCGCAUUCAAGGCGGUAUGCUAUCAGAUGGCAUCAACAGGAUUCUGGCCGGACUCUUCACGAUUACACCCAUGAGUGUCUUCGCGCAGAACAACGGAGUCAUCGCUUUGACAAGAUGCGCAAACCGAAAAGCUGGCUAUGCUUGCUGCUCCUGGCUUCUGAUCAUGGGUAUAUUCGCCAAGUUCGCCGCCGCACUCGUUGCGAUUCCAAACGCAGUCCUGGCACUCGCUGUUGGCUUUGGUGCCACUCUUCAGCCCACAUGGCUCAGCUAUGUGUUCACAUCCUCGGGCGAUAACAGAGCGCUCCUUGGCUUCUUCAAUGCCAUUGAAUUGGUCAUGGAAACUGGCUUCGCAGUCGCGGGCUUCUUGGCACUUAUUCUCAAUCUGGUCUUGCCUGAGGAGAUUGAGGAUGAAGAUUCUCCCGAGCUCACUGCUAACAACGCCGAUGAAGAGGAUGACAGGGAAGAAUGGGAUAGAAUUCAUGCUAUAAAGAAAGGUGAUCAGGACGACAGCGAGGUGAAGGCUUCGUGA